AAUGGACAUACUCUGCAAUACCAGUGAUGGCCCGCGUCUUGCGCUUCUCCGGCGCCACGUCCGUAGGUUGAACAUAGCGCAACGGUGCUCGCGCUGCAAAGAGGCCGAUCAGCGGCGGUCCGAGCUGCUUUGUUAGUCGGUUGUAGAAGAAGCAGGAAGGAGACGUACCAGAGCAGACGACAUGGCGUCACAAUGCAGUUGCUUGCUCUCCUGCAAAGCACUCUGUUGAAGGAGCCUGGUUGAGUGUGUUGCUUGCUUUCGUCGUGUCUGGAGGAUUCGCACGACUCAAACUUUGGCGAGAACAGCGACCAUCAAACCUUCGUCUCCCUUUCUACAAGGCAAGCAUGAGCGUCGCCAUCAGAUCACAAGUUGCCAAGGCGCGGAAUGGUGUCGGAGCAUUCAUCCUACAGUGCAAGAGAAUCGAGCUUGGCUAUUGCGAUUGGGCAGGUUCAUCACGCGGCAUGAAUCAAUUUUUACAAAGAGAUCUAGCCAAGUUUGCUUCAGCGCAUCCUCAGAUUGAGUUUGUCAUUGCGAAGCGGCCACACCGGCACCCGAUACUAAGAGGAGAGUACAUCAACGGCAGGGAAAAGGUCAUUUGCGUACGAAACCUCAAAUCGAGUGAGAUAUUGUCAAAACUCAACCUCCUUCGCGAUGCGAGUGGCGCCAAGCUUAAGAAGUUCAAGCAUCCGGUAGAAAGUACCAACGAGAGUGUGCGUGGUGUCUGGUCACCAUUCGCAGAGACCAGCAGCAAGCAUGAGAUUUGAGUCCAGAGAAUCAUUGGCAAUACUCCUACAAAGCUUCACUACCUUCAAGCAUAUGAACGCUUCAUCGACAGGCCUAGCCUUUAUCG